AUGGCUUCCUCAUCCUCCAAUGUCGUCGGCGUUCAUUAUCGCGUGGGGAAGAAAAUAGGAGAGGGAUCUUUCGGCGUCAUUUUCGAAGGCGUGAACCUUCUAAACAACCAGCAGGUUGCUAUCAAAUUUGAACCAAGAAAGAGUGACGCUCCACAACUUCGAGAUGAGUAUAGGACGUACAAAAUCCUGUCCGGUUGCCCCGGCAUCCCCAAUGUGUAUUAUUUCGGCCAGGAAGGUCUACACAACAUCCUCGUGAUCGAUCUGCUCGGUCCGAGCUUGGAGGAUCUUUUCGAUCACUGCGGUCGACGAUUCUCCAUCAAAACUGUGGUCAUGGUUGCCAAACAAAUGCUUUCCAGAGUACAGACAAUACACGAGAAGAACUUGAUUUACCGCGACAUCAAGCCGGACAACUUCCUAAUCGGCCGACCCGGCACCAAAGCCGCAAAUGUCAUCCAUGUCGUUGAUUUUGGCAUGGCAAAACAGUACCGAGAUCCAAAGACGAAGCAACACAUUCCUUACCGCGAGCGAAAGUCCUUAUCCGGAACCGCUCGCUACAUGAGUAUCAACACACAUUUGGGCCGCGAACAAUCUCGACGAGAUGACCUGGAGGCUUUGGGACAUGUUUUUAUGUACUUUUUGAGAGGUGGCUUGCCAUGGCAAGGGCUGAAGGCGGCAACAAACAAGCAAAAGUAUGAAAAGAUUGGAGAGAAGAAGCAAACAACAGCCAUCAAAGAUUUGUGCGAAGGCUUCCCUGAGGAAUUCAACAAGUAUCUCAGCUACGUCCGGAACCUGGGAUUUGAGGAUACUCCAGACUAUGACUUUUGCCGAGAUUUGUUCACGCAGGCACUCAAGAACACAGGCGAAGUGGAAGAUGGGGAAUACGAUUGGAUGAAGUUGAACGGUGGCCGUGGCUGGGAGGCCAUGAAGGCCCAUCCAUCUGCUCAUGCAUUACACAACGUCAAUCCCCCAGCUGAUGCGUCGGCUCGAGCUCUUCACGGAAUGUCGGCCGUUCGAGGGCAAGAGGGGCAGCGACCAUCUCGCGAUCGAGGAGCAAUAUCGGCGGACCGUUUAAACGCGGCGCAGCCCCCGCCCCCAGGGUCACCAGCGAAGCCCGGAGUGGCAGCCCUGGGGAAGAACACUCGCGACCGUUCAAGCGGCGUCGCCGGGGGCAAUCUUCCGAAGAGAAGUAGUGGGUUGGCCGGGCAGCUGGACAUCAAUACCCCCCCAGCAAGCACUCAAGCACAGUUCCAAAACAGCAAUGCCAAUCUGGUGGGCCAGCAACCAAGAACAAGUCCUGCUGCCGGAGCCCUGCAGCACAACCAAGGCCGGCCAUCUCAGCAACAUGAGCAGCAACCUACAUUCGUUCAAAAAAUCAUGAAGGCGUUCUGUUGUGGUAUGUGCCAUCACAAUUGA